AUGGCACUCGCGAGUAGAGGUAUUUUUGUAGUUGGCGCGAAAAGGACUCCGUUUUGUAAAUAUGGCGGAUCACUGCGAGAGUUGCCAGCUUCGCACGCAUUUGCAGCGGCAGCUAAAGACGCUAUACAAACCGCCAAUUUAGAUCCAAACUUGAUUGACUGUACUAUUAUAGGAAAUUGCUUUUUUCUAAGUCAAUGUGACGGUGGUAAAACACCCAGAUACUGCGGCAUUUAUUCAGGCGUCCCCCUCGAUAAGCCAGCACUAGGCGUGAACAGAACAUGCGCUUCUGGAUUACAAGCCAUUGUAACUGGUGGAAUGGAAAUUCUUACCAAUUCUGCAAAAGCAUGCCUCACAGGUGGAACGGAAAUAAUGUCGGCCUUACCAAUGCUUGUACGAAAUGUAAGGUUUGGGACUACCCUCGGAAAAGCUUAUCAAAUGGAAGAUCAUAUCAAAACGCAAUUUCCAGACAGCUACACUGGUCUUACUCUGCAGAGAAUGGCUGAAGACCUAGCUAAAAACAUGAAUAUUUCUAGAGAAGAUGUUGAUAACUUCGCAAUGGAAAGCCAUUUAAAAUGGAAAAAGGCACAAGAAGGUAAAUUAUUUGACUCGGAGGUAACUAAACUGGAAGUCACGUUAAAUAAAAGAACACAUAAUGUGACGAUAGAUGAUUUGCCGGAUACGGAAAUAAAUCCAAACAAGCUAGCCACAUUACUACCUAAUACUGAAGGUGGUGAAAUUGUUACUAUGGGUAACUCAGGUGGACCAGCAGAUGGUGCGGCGGCUUUGCUAUUAGCGAAUGAAGAGUUAGUAAACAGACACAACUUAACACCAUUGGCUAGACUUUCUGGCUGGGCAUAUGUUGGAGUAGACCCUUUAAAUACUGGCUUAGGAGCUGUACCAGCUGUGAGAAGAUUGAUGGAUGUCGUAAAUAUUCAGAUUGAAGAUGUCGACUUAUUUGAGAUUAACGAAACAUUUGCAUCCCAAACACUCGCUAUUAUUGACGAACUGAAAAUAGAUAAAAGUAAAGUAAACAUCAGUGGGGGAGCGAUAGCAAUGGGUCACCCGGUCGCAGCCACCGGAGCAAGAAUGGCCACGCAUUUAGUACAUCAAUUAAGGUAUGAGAAUUUUCUUCACGUGUUUUUCCUAUUUGCUUCGGUAUAAAC